AUGAUCGUGGUGGUCGCUCACUUGCUUGCAGGUGAGACUGCGCCUAGCGUCCACUUGCUGGCACUCAACUCUCACCUGUGGCUCCACGUAGCUGGACUCUGCUCAGCGGCCACACCCCGGGCAACCGUCUCGACCGGCGGGCUAAACCAGGUGAGGGGGCCCUGUGCGCUGUGCCGUGUGCACAGGGUUUGCGGAUUCCGCUGGGUGGAAGGUCGGAUGGAACCUUGCGUCGGCACCGUCGUGACGUGGUUCGUCUCUGCACGCCGCUGGACAGCCGGUGACGAGAUGGAUCUCCACAUCGACAUCGCCUUGACGCGCCCAUAUACGCCAUCGGAGACCGCGGCUUACGGCGAAUUCGAGUCGCUCUCCACUACAACCCGAAGUCGUGGUCCCAUAGUGGAGUUCGGCCGUGCCACAACGGCACAUGCAGCCCUAUUCAGGGAUGGCACUGCCAGCCCCCACGAGGGGAAGGGCCUAGAAAAGGUGGCCUAA